GUGCCCAAGACGUAGCACUCAGUGUAGGAUGACUGGGUACGGCCCUGAUGUCAGCGGCAUCAAUGGCAGCUUGGACUUCCGUGUGGCCCACGGAAACAGCUGGGCUGGGGGCGGUGGUCAGAAACGUGCCCAGCCGGUCUUCAUUUUAGUGAAAGAUGCUGGCUCCGGCGAUGCGGACGGAGUGUACAAGCCAGCCAGUCGCCGGUGGUUGGAUCAUGAUGUUUAUGAGAAUCGAUUUGGUGAAUGCAUCAUUUCAAGGGAAGCGCACAACUCCAAGACCGGUCAGGCGAAGCAUGGCUUUGUCCUUGGGCGGGGUGGGCGCCCUCUUUAUGGAGUGAAGACUGAGAAACUGGAAGUGCCCACUGCUGGAUGGAAAGCUUUUGAAGGGCAAGAGCCCAUUCCAGAACUUUUGAAAUUCGCCUCAUGGUCAGAUUGUUGCCAGCAUGGCUCCUGGUACUUCCUCCAAGAGGCGGAGAAUGCUGCGAAGGGCGGUCACUGGAAAGUGGUUCUGGUGAUGGCAGACAGGGCUUUUGACUGCCACACACAGGCUCGGCCUAAGGGUCGAGGAGACAUUCGAGAAGGUGGCUCUGAAUGGUCUUCACAACUUUGCGACCUUUUAGGUACGAGAGCAGAAGCCUUACUCAACCUUGGCCAAUUUAAGCGUGCUUUGAUCGACGCUUGCGCUGCAGUUCACUUUGUGCCAGCCUUCGAGUUCAGCAAGGCCAGAACUCGAGGUGUCACAGCAUGCUUGAACCUGGGCGUUUCGGAAGCUCAAGCAAAGCUGUUGAUGGAGGAAAUGUGCAAACGAAGUGACCGGGACUUCCCCGGCAUCCAAGCUCUUGAGCCUUUGGUGGACUCCUUUCUGGACCGUGCCAAGGCGGACAAAUUGAAACCCGUGACACUCAUCGAGGAAGAUCAUGACGAUGAACGUAUCUUCUUUCGGGUGGUGGACCCAGAGGAUUGCAAGCUUUAUUCAUCAACCACCUACAACAGCAAGGUCAUUGGUAGCCGAGAAUAUGGUGAUCUUGUCAGGGGCCAGUCCUUACAGAAGGCCGGGACCUGGUUGGAACUUCACGUCUCGGAAGCUUUUGACGAUUCUUCGGGACAUCGCAGGGCAUAUGUGCCGCUCUUCACGGAUGAUCCAGAGGAGGACCGGGAAGAAGUCUUGGAAAAGGUGCCGGUGAAGGAAUAUCCCCGCCCCGGGCGCUGGGAGACGAUGCACCUGAGGAUCAAACCCAUUGGCUUGAAGCCACCUGCAGAUUCCGAGGUGCCCUUGGAUUAUGGUAGGUGGCUGGAUGCAGAUCCUCCAGAGAAUUUGAAGGUUUGGCCAUAUAUUUACAAGCAUGGCCUGGCCGUAGCCUGUAUGUUGCAGGGUGUUUCUGAAGAAGUGGUUGAUAGCUUUGUUCGAUACCACUGGGUCACUGGCUGGAAUCACGUCUUCCUGUUUUUUGAUGACCCAGAUGACCCAAGCAUCCGCCAUGCCAAGUCCUUGGAAGACUAUGCUCAAAGUAAGAAGAUGGCAGGUGCAGGUCUGUCAGUUCAUCGGAUGGAUGCGAGCUGGUGGGAAGCUGCCAAGGCUAGAAGCCGGUUCUACCAGAGACAGGAAAAGAACGAUUUCUACGAGGGAGUUUGCAAGAAGCAGCCAGCAGAUCGCUCAGCUCGUAAGCUGAUCGUCGCUGAUUUGGCUAUCCUGGAAGCCCAUGAAAUGGGCAUCGACUGGUUUGCUUUUCUAGACAUUGAUGAAUGCAUCUUCGUCCCAAGGAUGCAAGACUGCAGUAGCCGGCGCUUUUUUGGCUCCAAGGAGCGGUCGGUGGAAGCCGUGAGGCUUUGGAAUCAUGAAGCGGUGCCAGAAGACUCGGAAUGCGGAGAUUGGUUCCGAGAAUGUACACUUUUCCAGCUGAACCGGCAGCAUUGCCAUGGCUUUCAUCCUCCGCGUGAAUAUGAUUCACUCCUCCGGACGAAAGAGGGCCGUGAGUUUGAGCCAGAAGCGCCGAACCAAGAUACGGCCUGGUGGGACCGCCUUUUUGGUCAGAUUUACCUGCGACGGCAAGAGGCAACAAAGCGUUUGAAGCUGAACUUGCCGGGCUCGCGCGCAGAUAGGCCCAUUGUGGAAGGUGUCCCUACCAAGGGUCCUUUGGUUGAAACCUUUUGCGGUUUCUCUUCGUAUGAGGAUGGCAAGAUGAUUGUCAGGUUGAACCGACAUUUGCCGCCACCCAUCCCAAACAGCAAGCACUCCUAUUUGGCAGACAAUGGCUUGAUGUUGCAGGAGGUCUACCAGGCGAACAAGAGUGAUGACGCGGUGAUUCUCCAUUAUCCCAAUGCGGGAAUGACCAAUUGGAGAAGGAGGUAUGAAACUUCCGGAUCCUGCAGCUCCAGGGCAUCAGCGUGGCCUUCCUCGAGACUGCCAUUGGCAUCCCAUGCAGUGGUCUCCAGUGGAUCUCGAAGAGAUCAAGAUCUGUUCUACCGCACCUUUAUCAUGCAGAAUGAGCAUAAUGAGAUGGCAUAUUUAGCUGAACAUGGCCUGGUCACUCGCCUGGAAAUUGUGAGAAAUAUCUUGUACGACUACGACAACCCCCAAGCGCCUCCAGAACAGUUGCCGGGUCAAACGACCUGGGUCGAUCCGAAGAGCGGACUAAAGCUUGGACGCGCCUGAUGCCCAAAA